AUGUGCUCUAAUGAAAGGAGGCAGGGACCCUUUAGAUACACAGGAACAGCUAAAGCCUGGCAAAGCCCAAGGGGAAGAAAGAAAGACAGGGUUUCUUCUCUGAGCUUUGCUGGCAAGAAGACCAAUCAUUAUGAGGAUACUGGGCCCACAAUUCUGCCUUCAAAUGCCUGGGGUAAUAGUGGAGAUGUGGAGACGAGAGCCGUUCUCUGGAACCCAUCAGUAAGACACACACCUUAUUCUGGACGACGUAAGAGCAGAGAGGAAGAGCAUGCGGAGGACCAAAUCCAUAUCACAGUGUGGAGAGAUGACAAAGCUCAAAAGAGAGAAGUGGAGCAGUUCACAGAAGACGGAACACUGGAGAGUUGGUUCAAGGUCACGAUUCCAUGUGGGAGAAAGUGUGACAAGACACAGCUAAUGAAUUCAGUCCACAGCCUUUGCAGCGUGCCCUUCACACCAGUGGAUUUUCAUUGUGACAAAUACCGGAUCCAGUUCUUUGUCCAGGAUUCUAGCAUUGCAUAUGCAUUGAAGGAUGUCAGCUACAAGAUAGGCAGUGAGGACUUUGAGAAGAUACCUAUUUUUGUCAAUCCCUCAGUUGCACCCUACUCUGUGCAGAAUAGGUUCACAAGAGAGCAAAUGGAGCAACUGAAGCUGGCCAUGAAGAAAAGAUAUGAUAUUUUCCAGCAUGCUCUGUGCCUCAAAAAGCUCCGCUUUGACCCAGACUUGAUGAAUCACAACAUUGACAUGAUUCUGAACAGAAGAAGCUGCAUGACUGCCACCCUUCAGAUCAUCCAAGAGGAUUUUCCUAAGCUGUUAUCCUUGAACUUGAGCAGCAACAAACUGUUCCAGUUAGAUAGCCUGUUUGACGUUGUAAAGAAGGCUCCCAAGCUCAAGAUCCUGAACCUCUCCAAAAACAUGCUAAGAACAGCAUGGGAAUUGGAGAAGAUAAAAGGGCUGAAGCUGGAACAGCUGUGGCUUGAAGGGAAUCCCUUGUGCAGCACCUUCCCAGACAAUUCUUCUUAUGUAAGUGCAAUCCUGGAGUAUUUUCCACAGUUGUCAUGGCUGGAUGGCAAGAAGUUACCACUUUCAACUGGAAUGGAUAUUGAAGAAUCCCAGUUAAUGAAGCCCCGCAAGGCCAUCUUUAAAGGUUCGGAGGCCAUGAAGAAUCAAGUACAGCAAUUCCUGCAAGACUAUUACUUGAUCUAUGACUCUGAAGAGCGACAUGGUCUCCUGAGCAUUUACCAUGACCAGGCCUGUUUCUCCCUGACCAUUCCCUUCAACCCCAGUGAUCCAGAUCUGAAUAGCAUGUGUGGGUACUUCAGGCUUGAAAGGGAUGUGAAGAAUCCCAAGGAGUUCCACAUUCAGAGGCAGCUGCUGAAGUACACAAAAGAAGAUAUUGUGGGCUAUCUGAGGACAUUACCCAAAACCCUGCACAUCUUCAGCUCUUUCCAGGUGGACAUCUGUUUCCAGAUGGAAAAAAUGCUCUGCUUCUCUGUUAGUGGGUUGUUCAAGGAAGUGGAGGGCAGCUCUCAGGAAUGCAUCCGUGCCUUCAUGAGGAUCUUCAUUGUUGUCUUUGAAAGUAGUUCAAACUUGUGCAUUGUGAAUGACCAACUUUUUGUGAGGAAUCCAAGCCCUGAUGAGAUCCAGGGUGCCUUUGCCAUAUCCUCGCCCACAUCAUGCUCCAGCUUCAAGCUCGUCCUUUCUCAAGAGCAGCAAAGAAUGGUGCAGGCUUUCUCCACCCAGUCGGGGUUGAAACUUGAAUGGUCUCAGAAGUGCCUUGAUGACAACAAGUGGGACUAUACUAGAGCUGCUGAAGUCUUCACUAUGCUCCAGACCAAGAGUAAGAUCCCAAAGGAAUUCUUCAAACAAAUGACUUAAAAACACACUGCUGGACAUCAUCUUCCUUUUGUCCACACUCUUGCUUCUCUGUCUCUUGCCUAUGACCCCAUCUGUAAGCCUGGCUGACCACAAGACCAAAGUUAACAUGUAGACCAUGCAACAUAGACCACCUGCAACCCAGGUAACUUGCGCUGUGUAUUUCUCCUUGAGGCGUGCCUUUUGUCUUCAUAAUAAAGUUACUUUGCACAUUG